AUGGAUGCCUCUUCGAAAUAUCUGGUGGAGCGUAUGCUCAACGAUGUGGAGUUUCUCCUCCAACAGGGCGUCAUUCAGGGCGAACAAGCUUUCACUAUCCGAUCCACUCUCAUACCUCUGCUAGAGCAGCAUCCCAUACAGUUCGCAGACGGCACUCCUCGCUCUGUCGCACCUCCCCUCAGCGCACUCUCUGUCACCUCGUCGCCUGUAUCUCUAGUCUCCGGAGCCAAGAGCAAAGUACCACCACCGCCCACUCCAGCCUCAGCCUCAUCCUCGGUCUUCUCACCGCGUAUCAGCUCGGGAGCCCCAGUUGUCACAGAGAAUGAUUCGCCCUACCCACCAUCGUACGGCGGUAUAGCAUCUGCCGCUCCAGCCUCAGUAUAUGCUCAGCAACUGCCAGAGGAUCACAAGCGUGCCGUCGACACCGAAGAGAAAGAAGAGUGGGCCAAGGCCCUCUGGAAAUUCGACGCCUCGGGCGGAGAUGACGAGUUACGCUUCGAGGUGGGCGAGAAGAUUCGCGUGCUGGAGCGACUGGAUGAGAAUUGGUGGAAGGGUCAAGUCAGCAAGCCAGGCUCGACAAUCAGGGAAGGCCUCUUCCCCGCUAGCUAUGUAGAGCUUAUUCCUACCCCUGCACCCACCUUUGGUCGAACUUCUAGCUCUAGCUCUGCAAGUGCAGAAAAGGCUGGUUUGAGUGCGGGAGAAAAGAGAUGGACAGCACCUAAAGCGCGCUUCUCUGCUCCUUCGCCUGCUCCUGCUCCUGCUCCUGCUCCUGUUACUCCUGGAGCAACACAACCAUACGGCUAUUCACAAUCUCAAAAUCCUACCAAUCAACAAUGGCAGGGCCAGGGUCAGGGCCAGGGCCAGAGCCAGAGCUAUGGACACGGUCAAGUUCAUCAAAGUCCUUCAGGCUUACAAGUUGAUGAAGAGGAAAGGGCAAAACGCAAGGAACAAGUGAAGAAGUUUGCAAAGUCGCCAAUGGGAACGGGAGUUGCUAGUGGUGUUGGAUUUGGAGUGGGAGCAUCCCUUGUUCGCCAUAUUCUUUGAUUGAGGAGGGAUAGGGGGAGGGGGCCAGAGGUGAGUUGGUGAGAGAGAGGGGGGCAGAGGGCUGAUUUGUAGUUUGGUACCCGUCACGAUGUUCUUGUAACGAUUUCCCCGAUCAGACUAUUAGUCUCGACACGAGUACGAGAUAUGGAUAUGAGAAUGUACAUGUACUGUUACAGUGGAGAAGAAACAGAGAGACACAACAAAGGGUGUGCGUAUCAGAAGUAGAGUCUGGUGGCCUGGGAGAUCGUCGACUCCAUGGGACAGUAGGGGCACUUGACUCUCCUCCUAGUAGACCGCAACAUAUCGAAACAACACCAUGACACGAAGAAGAAGAAGAAGAAGUUCGUGAGCUUUCCUGCCUUUACACUGCAACAAUUUUCAAUCCCUACUUGUACUCACCCGUGUCCCUUUCCCAGUCGAGCAAGUGAUUCGGCGCAGACGACGUG